CAGAGGAGGGGCUGCUUUAUUUGGACAGCUGCUGGGUUCUCAAGAAUAUGCUAAAUUUUAUCAUUGGUAAAACACAAAGCCAAAAUGGAGGGCUAUGAUGGCAGCUUUUGUUUGAUUUGUCUCUGAAAUAUGGGAAAUAGCAAUUGUCAUGACCAGGCUGAGGUGGUCACAACAAAAAGAAGGAAGACACACACCAUGUAUCAACUCCCAAACAACUCUUUAUUAAUUCAAAUUGAACCAAAUUAGAAUAUUUAAGAUAUGAGGUGUGUGAAUCAGUAAAAUCAGUAUUGUGUAAUGUGUGCAUGAGUGGAAAGUAGGUGUAAGUGUGCGAGGGUGUUGUAAAGACCAACAUAAACUACAACUAAACCAAGUCAAACCAAACCAAACUAACCAAAGCCAAAACAAGUCAAAACAAGCCAAGCCAAACAAAAUAAAACCAAACCAAACCAAACUAAGUCAAAACAAGCUAAACGAAGCCAAGCCAAACCAAACCAAACUAAGUCAAGACAAGCCAACCCAAACCAAACCAGGUCAAACCAAGUACCUGUAAAAGGCAGUCAGGAGAAACAAAAGAGGGCCUUGCAAGUAACUGUGGGAGCUUAAAUACUCCCAGCACCCAGGUGUGCAUAGUUGCUCUGAUUAGGGUGCAGAGAGAAGCCAACCAGACACACCUCCCACUGCAGCAUGACCCUAUAGGGGCAUCACACCAUGGAUUAAUUUUUUUUAAUUCAGUGUGUGGUGUCAGCCCCAUACAGUAUUAGAGGUGCUAGCUUUAAAACCACAUUGUUGGAUAACGGACUGAAAGGGUUAGUAGAUUACAUGUUGCAUUUCUACAUGCUUACAUGUGUUUUGAAAAUUGAUUAGCUUUUUAUUCGAGGCUAAACCAAAGAGAGACCAGGCAAGUAUUGACCAACGAGUGAAGGAGUGUUUCCAUCUGGAGACAGUCAGUGGGUUUACAAGCACAGCUUAAUCGGAUGAAGCUCAUAAUUCUUUAUUUUUUUUUCGGCCAAAUCAGAUUUCUCUCCUUGUCCGCGUAUACACGCUACUCCUCUUCUCUGGUGUUUUUGUUCCAGGGUUCAGCACGCGCAUAUGCAUUGUCCUAUCAUACUCCGACUGCGCUGGUACAUGGUAGAGAAAACUGAAUUCCAAUUGCAUUAUCUAGGUGUCUUAAUCAGAGUUCUCCGACUCCAAUCGGCAUUCUCAAACUCCAAUCAUAGUCAGGCUAAGGUGUUUAUAUGCACUUCAGUUUUCCUGUAUUAACCCAUUAAUGCCCAUUAAUACAUUUUAUGAUUAUAAUUACUUUAAAUUAUAAUUUGACAGUAAAAUUACUUUUUGACAGUGAGUUAACUUCGUGUACAAAGUAAGGCAUGAUGCAUUUGUCAAAUAGGUUUUUUUUGUAUGUGUGUGAAGCCACAUGUCUUGACAGUAUCCAUAGCAAAUUUUGUGUUGCUAUCUCUAACAGAAAAAAAUCUGUGGGGUUUUUCCUUAACAUACUAUAUUUCAUAUGUGGGCAUAUAUGGGUUAAUUCUAGUGUCUGACAACUUUACAAAAAGGAUUUCUGAGUGAAAAAGUUUUUUGUUUUUUUUUGAGGGAGAAAUACUACUUUUAUCACUCUGUUGAAUGCCAGACUCUGUGGACAAGAAGAUCAAGAUCAAGAUCAAAAUUGUCUUAAUUGUCCUUUGCAGGAUAUUUGUCUUAGACAGUAGAGCUACAUUUGCUGCAGUACAUAUAAUACACUUAUAAUAUCAUAUACGUACAAAACAAAACAGCACCAGAACUUUAAUUUAGCCCCUAUGAGCCCUGGAGUUGCUGGUCAUCUACUUCCUCAGCCUGUUAGUUUGUGUUGUUCAAUCUUAAAAAGAUACUGUAGAAGUCCAAAACAACAAUUUAAAGUUUUCAUAUAAUUAAAAAAAAAGUUUUCCUUGCCUAAAAUUAAAAAAAUACUGUAGUCGUCUUCCAAUAAUGGAAAAAAUUUCUGGGACCUCAGAGGAGUGGCCUGGAAAGUCACAAAACUUCCUCGCUCACUGCAUCAGCAAACAUCCCUCACAUCCUGUUGGCAGCUCUUAAAAAAAACUCCUGUCCAACAUAAACGAAAGUCAGAAAUGUGAGCAAAAGGUGAAAUGAAAGUGAAAACAUGAAAACCAUAUAUGGUUUUUCCUUCCCGAAGUCUGAGGCCGUUAUAAAAGUGAAGUCACCUCGCAGUCUGCCUUACUGAGGAGAGCAAGAGAGAGGAAAGGUAUGUGAACACACUUUGUUUCUUUUGCUGUAUUUGAAAAGUUUAUCAAGAUACCAAUAUAGAAGAGCACAAGUUAUUGAAAAGUCUGAUUUAAAGUUUACAACUGAAACUUUAGCUGUGGUUAAACUGAAGCCAUUUUCUGACUUUUGUGAAUCGUUCAGCAGAGGGAGCUAUCAGGGUAGAAGGACUGGUUAAAAUACCAUCAAAUGCAGAGAAAACUAAGAGUUUUGGGUGGAGUUUACCCAGAAUUUGCACAUACUCAGGUUUUAACUUGUUCGUCUUAGCUCCACAGGGUGGGCUUGCUGAUUAAAAAAAGUCUAUGUAGAAAUGCAAGGCUGAAACUAAGACAAUGUCCCAGUAGUGUAAAACAUAGUAAUGUGAUGUAAAAAUAGAUAAGAUAAGAUAAGCCUUUAUUAGUCCCACAAGGGGAAAUUCCCAUUUACAGUUCUUCCUUUACAUGAAACAUACAGUAGACAGAUGCAUACAGGGUGACAGGAACAGGAGAACUGUUGGACCACCAGCCUGACCAGCGCCCCUUUCUUAGAUAAGAAAAGGAGAACAAAUAAGACAACAAAAUAAACAUUAACCCUUCCAAAGUAGUCACCUGACAAAUGUGUCAAACAUUUCCUUGUCUGUUUUAUCUAUGAUUUUCAAAAAUUAAGGCCUAAUAGGAGAUUGUUGAAUACUUAGUUGACUGUGUUCUCAUGUGAUCUAAUUGGCUGUCAAAUGUGUUUCAUAAUUUCAAAAUACGAUUUUUUAACUCUCCUGAUCAUGUUUGUCUUCAGUCUGCGUGGCAAUUCACCAAUAAAGAAGCUGUGAAAUGACUGCAAUUAGUCUAAAUAUUGACAUUAACAUGCCUUACAACCUGGAACAGAGUCAUAACACAUGAUAACAAUUCAGAAGUUUGAAAAUUGCUGUAAUGGGACUGUGGUCUAUCCCCCUUGAAGCCAUAUAUUCCUAUUUAUCUUAAUUUUCCCCUAUAUAGGAAUACUGUUGUUAUUGUGAAUUUUCUUGGCCACACUAAUUGCAUAGUGGUAAUGUGACUAUUUUAUAGACAUGCUGGUGUGCAAUUCUGCAAUUAUUCAAAUCUGUACAAUGCUGUUACCUCUGGGACCAUUACAUAAGUUUAUAAACUUGUCAUUGUUCCAGCAGGCUCACUUACUACUAAGGUAGUGUUGUUGCCACUCCUUCUUUCUUAAUCUCAAACUGGCAUGAUAGUCAGAGGUUUACCCAGAAGUUACACAUUACCUAAGCUGACCAGUCUGCUCUCCGGAGGCGUCUUUAUACAUCGCCAUUGUCAAGCAUGUAAACACUUACAUUAAGACAAAGCUGACUGUGUAUGACAACACAAGGUUAAAAAGUGAGCUCAUCUCUGGACUAAAAACCCACUCUCUUACAGUGACUCUGACAACAUGUCGUACCAGUGGGCUGAAGAUGACUUUCACCUGCCUAAAGGGAGUUCUCGAUUGAAUCUCAAUAACCCGAAGAGCAAUGAAACCUACAUCAUGUACCAUGGCACCACCAAGCUUGCUGCUCAGUCCAUCCGAGACAAUGGUUUUCGCCAGUCUGAAGAUGGGAUGCUGGGACCUGGUGUCUAUCUCAGCAGAGACCUUGCGAAAGCAAGCCGCUAUCCCAUAAAGCACCCUGAGUGGGACAGGGUCGUCAUUAGAGUCCGGGUCAAUGUGGGGAAUGUGAUCAUCAUCAACCGCCAGGGACACCCACUUCAGAAGACCUGGAAUGCCUCCGGAUAUGACAGUGCCUGGGUGCCGCCAAAAUGUGGGAUGGUGCCAAGUGGUUUGGAGGAGAAUUGUGUCUGGGAUCCAAAACGAAUCGAAGUCAUUGGUACCAUCAAACCACAGCCUGUGCCGCGUCACGGUGCAUAUGGCUUAAUGUAAGCCGAAAAGGCUGUUACCAGUUUAUUUACACUGUACAGAUGUAUCAUUAUGCAUUUGUUUUCAUUGUAUUGACAGUGUAUUUUACUUUGUCAGUGUAUUCUGGAAAAUAAAUUGGUCAUAUUAAUCGGAGUAAGGCAAUAAUUCGUGUUUUUUUUCAAGUGUUAUGUAAACGUACUGAGUGUCAACUUAACUCUGAUAUAUUUGGUCCAUUUUUCUCAACAUUUA